AUGCAAUUACUAUUUAACGGUGUAAUCACUAAAGAGUUUUGCCCUUCUCGGGGAUUGCGACAGGGAGACCCUAUUUCUCCUUAUCUAUUUGUGUUAUGCAUCGAGAGACUAGCCCAUUUAAUCUCCGCAAGGGUUUCAACGGGUCAGUGGCGACCUAUUCGGAUGGGUCGAGGGAAUGAGAAGGUCGAUGUCCCCUAUCUUCUAUUCGCGGAUGAUCUUCUCCUUUUUGUCGAAGCUACACAUGAUCAGGCCACUAUGGUGAAAUCCACUCUGAUCGAAUUCUGCAGCAUCUCGGGACUAAAGGUGAGUGAAGCAAAAACGUGUAUCUUUUUCUCUACUAAUGUACCUCCGGCUAGUAGGCAAUUCCUAGCCGCAUCUAUGGCUUACACAGAAGUUGACGACCUUGGUCUCUAUCUCGGUAUGCCUUUGGUUCAUGGACGAGUCAACAAGCACAUGUACCAACGAAUCCUUGAUAAAGCAGAAUCCCGCUUAUCAAAUUGGAAAGCUUCCUCUUUGUCGCUCGCGGGCCGACUUGUCCUCACCCAGUCAGUCCUUAGCACUAUGCCUUUUUACUCUAUGCAAACGGUGUGGUUACCUCUUUCCAUUUUAGACGAGCUGGAGAAACAUUGUCGCCGCUUUAUUUGGGGAGGAUCUACAACACAUAGAAAGGCUUCUUUGGUGUCGUGGGAAACUGUAUGCAAACCAAAGGAUGAUGGGGGUCUCAGACUCAAGUACCAAAGGAAAAUGAACGAUGCCCUUCUUAUGAAGCUAGGCUGGCAGCUCCUCACAAGACCCGACACUUUAUGGGUUAGAAUUAUGAAGGCCAAGUAUAAAUUAAACGUCCCGAAUUUAUUAGCUAACGGGAACCUACCAAAGGGAUCCAUUACUAUGAGAGCUGUAGGAAAAAUCUGGAAUAAUUUAAUGAAGGGUAUAAGGUGGUCAGUCGGUGACGGAAAGAGAAUAAAAUUCUGGCAGGACCGAUGGCUACAAUCCGAUUUAACCUUACUCCAGGCCUGCACGGGUCUCGUCCCACACUCUUUCAUCGACUGGACUGUUUCAAAUUAUUGCACCGCCGAUGGGCAAUGGCGUUGGAGUCUCUUUUCGCAUUUAUUGCCGGCCAAAGUUCUCCUUCAAAUUGCUGCAGUGCCGCCGCCGGGUGAAACGAGUGGCCCCGACUUGCUGUAUUGGGGCUUUUCGGUGGAUGGCCGUUUCACGAUGAAAUCUGCCUACGAUUCUCUCUCCGAUGACGUGAUUACGACUGAUCCUUGGUUGUGGCGAGUUAUUUGGAAGUGGGCUGGCCCCCAACGGAUCCGACAAUUUAUGUGGCUGGUGGCCAAAAAUUGCUUGAUGACGAACUCAGAACGUUGCCGUCGACACCUCGCUUCCUCGUCUACAUGCGAGUUGUGUGGCCUAGCUCCAGAAUCGAUAUUGCAUACUCUGAGGGACUGUCCGAAAGCGUCUCAAGUUUGGAUGCAGCUUAUUCCAGGUAACAAGCUUCCCGACUUCUUUGCUUUAGAGUUAAAACAGUGGCUAUGGUAUAACCUUUGCUCGGCUGCUGCUAAAGAAAUGGAAGACUGGAGCUGCUUUUUUGGGUGGUGUUGGGACGGGGAGAGACUGGUGCCGCGGAAAUUGGCUAAUGGUGUUGGCCUGGUUUCGGAGCAUUGGAGCAUUGGUGGCGUGGGGAGCGAGAUUGGUAUCUCUCGGUCGGAGGGAAGAUGA